CAAAAAAAAAAAAAGGGGGGGCGGGGGAGAGAGAAAAAAAAAGAAAAGAAACUGACUUUUCAGUUGAAAAUUCAAAGCUGAAUGUUGAGAGGAGCCUUCAAGGCUACAGGAAUCCUUAACUUUUUUUUUGCAGGUAUCUGAGUUGAAAGAAUCAGGCCUAUUUAAGGAGGUGGAAAAAUCCAAAAAAACUUUGAUUCACAAUGGGGAUGACAGUGUAUGGCCAGAAUUACGCAGAUUAAUUUUAGCUUCAUGCCUUUCUACUUAUGUAUUUAAAUCUUGAUUUUAAAUUCUUCCUUGAGCAUAGUAAUGUAUAAACUCCUACAUAUUUCAGGUUAGUCUAUUUUCAUUAACUAAAAUGUCUAUGAAGUUCCCCCUGUAGAAGAAAGAAAAGCCUAGGAUUUUAGCCUAUAUUCUUGAGACAGAGUGGGUAGGGAUACAAAAACUUAAUUAUAAUGCAAAGCAGAUUUUAUAUAUUUUGAACAUUUUAAGGAUGUUGCUAUGAGAGACUAGAUAUAAACUGACAGGAGAGUUCUUGGAAAACUACAGAGGACUGAUACUUGAUUUAGGCCUCAAAGUAUUUGAACAAUCGUGGGACAGAAGAAAAUCCAAGUGAGAGAAAUAAUACAAGAGAGAAGACAGUGGGAGUGAAAGAACUUUGUAAAAAGAGGAAGGCAGUGAAGUAGAAAGAAUCUAGCAAUCAAAUAAGAGGAGGAAUUCUGGAACUAGAGAAGUGCGGUAGAGAGUCUUUGGGUGUACCUCUUCCCCCGCUUCUUACCCAGUUCUCUGAAUUGUAUUACAAGUGGAUAAAUAAUGUGCACUGCUCUGAGCCCAAAGGUACGCAGUGGACCUGGCCUAUCUGAUAUGCAUCAGUAUAGCCAAUGGCUAGCCAGCAGACAUGAAGCUAAUUUGCUGCCAAUGAAAGAAGAUCUGGCCUUGUGGUUAACCAAUCUAUUAGGGAAGGAGAUUACAGCAGAAACUUUUAUGGAGAAGUUGGACAAUGGUGCCUUGCUCUGUCAACUUGCAGAAACUGUGCAGGAGAAAUUCAAGGAGAGCAUGGAUGUUAACAAGCCCACAAAGAAUCUACCAUUGAAGAAGAUCCCAUGCAAAACCAAUGCACCCUCGGGCUCCUUUUUUGCCCGAGACAAUACAGCAAAUUUCUUAUCCUGGUGCCGAGAUUUAGGGGUGGAUGAAACAUGUCUAUUUGAAUCGGAAGGUUUGGUCCUCCAUAAGCAACCCAGAGAAGUGUGUCUCUGUCUGCUAGAGCUUGGCCGGAUUGCAGCCAGGUAUGGUGUGGAGCCUCCUGGUUUGAUAAAAUUGGAAAAAGAGAUUGAACAAGAAGAAACACUUUCUGCCCCUUCUCCUUCACCUUCUCCUUCAUCAAAGUCUUCUGGAAAAAAGAGUACAGGAAACUUACUGGAUGAUGCAGUGAAACGAAUUUCUGAAGAUCCUCCUUGCAAAUGCCCAAACAAGUUCUGUGUGGAGCGGCUCUCCCAAGGAAGAUACCGAGUGGGAGAGAAGAUCCUUUUCAUUAGGAUGCUGCACAACAAACAUGUCAUGGUCCGUGUGGGAGGAGGCUGGGAAACUUUUGCAGGGUAUUUGUUGAAACACGACCCCUGCCGAAUGCUGCAGAUCUCCCGUGUGGAUGGCAAAACAUCCCCUAUCCAAAGCAAAUCUCCAACUCUAAAGGACAUGAAUCCAGAUAACUACUUGGUGGUCUCUGCCAAUUAUAAGGCUAAGAAGGAAAUUAAGUGAAACAAAUUGGUCACGACAAGGGGACCCUCAUAAUGGCCUGUAUCCGCUUCUCCAGUAUAGUCAGUUUAGUUAUAUGUUCUGAAAACUGUUUUGGAGAAAGAUAGACAGAAAAAUGUCAUCAUAUUGAAAAAUGUUCAAAGAGUAGCACUAUUUAUUUUUAAUGCUUCUGUAGAAUAUGACCUAUUAAAUUCUAAACUCAAAUUUAAAUUAGCCAAAUUUUAGGCAAAUUAUUAUUUCUUAAUAUGCAAACACAGUAUUUAGAACACAAACUAUUAGAAACACAAUUCUAAUUAAAGAUAAACACUAUAAGGAGAGAACAUUUAGGAUUUGCAGAUAAGUCAACAGAAAGUGCCUGCUUUACAUCCAUGAGGAAAAGCACCCCAGACAUUUUUAUAACUGCAAGAUUUUUAUGCUGUUUUUUUACAUUACAUUUUUGAUUAGUGUGAUAAUGUGCUACAAAAAAUAAUAUCCAACAGCACUACAAAUAAGUACAGAAUAUUCACAAUAGUAAUAUGUUACUGGAAAGGCCACUUCAGAAAAGUUUACAUUCACUUGGAAGGCUGCCUUAAAGUAUAUCUCUUAUCUGUGACUAAACAUCUGGGGUACUUUUAGAAGUUUUCAGUACACCCCCUUAGAGAAUAGCUUAUGAGUUAUUUCACACAUUGCUGAGCACAUGGCUGUGUUUAGAAUGAUCUAGUGUAAUUCACACAUGAGCUGACAUACGUUGAUACUUUGAUGAGUAAAUUGUACAGUCAAAAUGUUCAUUGAUUUCAUGUUAUUUCAAAGCAUUUUCUUAUUAAAAAUAUAUCUUUAGUUAAUCCUAUUUUGCUAUGCUUUCUAGUAAAGUAAAUUCACUGUAGCUAAUGAUGUUACAGACUUACGUAUACCCUUGUAUACCUGGGACAGGGCUGUUUUAUACCAAUGAACAGCAAAAUAUUGUCCUUACUCAUUCAAGAAUUAAAAGGAUAUAUUUUAAAAAUGUUA